GUGAUAUUUUCCUUUUUUGAAUGGACUCUCUCAUUCACAAAUCAAAAAUAAUUCAUAAUCAUUUUAUUAUAUUUGACGAAGUGAUUAGAUUGCAUUCGUUAACUAAUAGAUACUAUUCAAAAUUAGGAAUAUAAUUUAUCUUAAGGUAAUUCGUUCAACUUUCAUAGAACAUCCUCCCUACAAGCUAUGUAAUAUAAGUAUCAAUGAUCAGCAGAUUAAUAAAUAUAAUUGAUUAUUAUAUCUUCCCCUGAUAGUUUCUAACUGGUUCAACUUACAGAGUUCCAUCUAACCAACCUUUGUUUAUUUUUCCAUAGUUGGUCGGUGUUUACAUACAAAACCUAGAAGAAUAUACUAUUUACUAAAAUAUAUCUUUGCUAAUUAUUAGCAGUCUAUUUAGAUAUUAUUCUUUGCAUGCAAUGCGUGCUGUGGUACAACGAGUUAAACAAGCAUCUGUUAGUGUAAAUGAUUCAAUUAUCAGUCAAAUCGGUCGUGGAAUACUUGUUCUUAUUGGUUUAUCACGACGAGAUACAGAAAAUGAUAUGGAGUAUAUGGUUAGAAAAAUACUGAACAUUCGUUUAUUUCCAUCUCAAGAUGGCAUAAGACGUUGGGAUAAAAGUGUAAAAGAUUUAAAUCUGGAAAUUCUUUGUGUUAGUCAGGGUUUUAUGGUUUUAUAGAAAGAUUUUUGAUUGUUUAAAUGAAAGGAAAGAAUAUUGAUGAUAUUCUAUUCGUACAAAGUGAUAACUAAAUGAUGAUGGUAAUUUGAAAUCAAUAACAUGACCGCUAACCAGAAAAAUAGGUUUUGCUUAUUAUAUAACAAUAGAAAAAAUAAAUAUGAUUACAUAUAUUAUAAACAACUAAUCAUUAUUGAUUAUUUAGCUUAUUCCAUUUCCAAUCGAUUAGAUCUCAACUAUUAGAGCUUCAUAAAUACUAUCACUAACAGUCAAUUUAUAUUGUCAAAAUGUUCUAAAAUUAUACUCAUUAUACUUUUGUCUCUUAAAUAAUAGAACUACUAUUGAAAUUUUAGCAUAUGUUAUAUAUGAAAUAUCUAAAUUUGUUUGUUUUUCUUUUUUCUUACUAUUUAUACAUAUUACUUAAAUCAUACGUUCCAUUUGUACAAAUAUUUAUAUUUCUUAAAAGCA